AUGGGAUCCCAAGAUUUUGUCACUUGGCAUCCUGCUGAUAUAUUCUCUGAUCAUCCAGCCGAUCAUAAAGAGUUUGCGCUCAUUGUCCUAAACCAGCCUCUGGAGCUGCCUUCUAACAUCUACAAGAAGUUAUGGGAUAAUGCUGUCUACCAUAUCGCAGCUGAUGGUGGCGCAAACCAAGUUUAUAACAGGAAUCACAAAAAUCCAUUUGAUGGAAAUUCCUUAGACCCAGCCCUCCAGGAUGAAAGAAAGGCUGAAACCCAUCUUGACAUUGAUACUAUCAUUGGCGACUUCGACUCCAUGUCUCCCAAUCUCUUCAAAUAUUUUGAGGAUGAUGGCACCGAAAUCAUUAGGGACGGGGAUCAGUAUUCCACAGACUUCACCAAAGCAGUGCGAUAUGUUAAAAGUUUUGAGCAACCUUUUGGCUCGGAAAGGACUCCUCCAUGUUCCCAUCGUCAGAAGAAACUCGAUCAACUCAAGCAAUUGCCCAGACCUCUCGAUAUCAUUUGCCUGGGAGGUUUAGGUGGAAGAGUUGAUCAGGCUCUUUCACAACUUCAUCAUCUUUAUAUGUUUCAGCAAGAAUCAAACUAUUCCAAGGGCAAGAUGUACCUGGUUUCUAGUGAAGCUAUAACCUUUGUUCUCAAGGCUGGAAAACACAAAAUAAAGAUCAAGGAAGAGGGCAAAUUGCUGAAAUUGGGAAAACAUAUUGGAAUAUUACCGGUCAAGGAACCUUCGAUCAUAACCACGCAAGGCUUAGAGUGGGAUGUAACAGAUUGGAAGACAGAAUUCGGAGGUGAUAUAAGUACCAGCAACCAUGCGAGGGAGGAUUGGGCGAUCAUUGAAACGACGAAGGAUGUUGUAUUCACCAUCGAUUUUGUUCUCAACAAGAUGGAUGAAUAA